AUGAAGCUGACGCAGGUGCUGUCGCAAGCGCACGCGACAGCUGGUUACAAUCGCAACAAGUUCCUCGUUUUCGCGCUGCUGUGCACCAACUGCUUCACCCUCGUCACUCUCUACGGCACCGUCCCCCGGUUUUCCGGGACUCUGGAUAUUGACGACGCCGCUGACGUGGAUCUGCGCAGCAGCAGCGGCGGGGAAGGGCGCGGAGGGGAAAGCGCAUGGGGGGAGGAAGGGGGUGGCGCGCUUGGGACGGGACAGGGGGGGACAUCUGCGCUGCGCCUCACCAAUGCUACAGACCGCACUUUCAAGCGAGGGUUUGGCAUGCAGGUGAGUCUGUUGGAGCCGGGGAUGGGGCCAGGAAAGGGGGGAAGGAGGGAAGGGGGACAGCUGGGCUGGGGGAGGUUGAAAAGCAGGGGCCAGGGAAAGACGCCUGCGCUGCGCCUCUCCAAUGCUACAGAUCGCACGCUCAAGCGAGGCGCAUACCGCCUCUCUGCAAGCCUCUUUGUGGUGAUUGGCCUCUCUCCUCUGCCUCUGCACCGCAACCUCGAUGCUCGGGUGUGCCGCUGGUAUCCUGCCACGUCAUCCUCCUCCCCUAUCCUCGGCGAAGUCUCGAUAGAAUACCCCGGCGAAUCGCACAGCAAGCCGUAUGAGGUGGCAAUGCUGUUCUGCCAGCUCAGCAGCCCCACCCCCAGCACAAGAGAGCGGGGGCGGAAAGGGGACGGGCGGCGGAGUGCGGGGGGCCAUCUGACGGUUGUGAUCGAACGAGAGGAGAUCUUGGUGCUCGGCGAACCGGCCAAUGAGAAGUUGCCACUCGAGCCCUCAGCCCCUUACGCGAGUAACAUCACCUACUGCUCCUCACCUAUAUAUGGCCAAUUCAACUCUUUGAGGGUCCUCGAGUGGGUGGUAUACCACCAGCGGGGCCACGGGGUGGAUCUGUUCCACAUGUACGAUGCGGGCGGCAUGGGCGAGCCUAUAAUGCGGACGCUGGGUCCUUUUAUAAAGGCGGGGCAGAUGACUGUAACGGACGUGACUGAAGUGGACGAAUUCGAGACAUGGUUCGGGCAGGUGCUAGUGGUCAACGACUGUGCCUACCGCUCUCUCUUCACCUCUCGAUGGGUGCUCUUUCUCGACCUGGACGAGUACCUCUAUGUCUCCCAGCCACUGGGCUCGUCCCUCAUCACCGCACUCACUCGCUACGAGGUCAGUCAGUGUGCUUCCUAUCAACUCGCUCGCUCGCUCUUCACCUCCCGCUGGGUCCUCUUCCUGGCCUUGGACGAGUACCUCUACGUCUCCCAACCGUUGGGCUCUUCCCUCAUCACAGCACUCGCACGCUAUGAGGUGACUCCAAUCUCCUCCCUCCGAAUCUUUGCCUCCUGCUCUCGCUGUGCCCUCUUUCUCGACUUUGACGAGUACCUCUACGCCUCGCAGCCUCUCGGAUCUUCCCUCAUCACCGCACUCAAUCGCUACGAGGUAAGUCUGAUGUGCGUCCACUUAGCGUUUGCCAUUACCUCUCGACGGGUGCUCUUCCUGGGCUUUGACGAGUACCUCUAUGUCUCACAGCCGUUUGGCUCUUCUCUCAUCACCGCACUCUCUCGCUAUGACUCGAGUACCUCUAUGGUUCUUCUCUCAUCACUGCACUCACUCGCUGUUCUUCCUUUGACUCUUACCGCUCGCUCCUGCUGGGUGCUCUUCCCGGACUUUGAUGAGUACCUCUUUGUGUCACAACCGCUAGGGUCAUACCUCAUUACUGCACUCACUCUCUAUGAGGAAGCAGCCUACGUCUCCUUUGGCAGUCUUUACUUUUACACCGACAAGUGCUCGCACUCCAUGAACGUGUCUGCCUCAUCCCCACCCCGCUGGGAGGUGGAGAGGAUGAUAUUCCGCCAGGCGGACUGCUUCUUCAAGGAGAAAAUCUGGCGCUCUCCGUCCGGAUUGUCUGCUGCCGCUGCUCAAUCUUUGUUUUCUGGUCCUGUCGGGGGUGUCUAUCUGGCAGAAGGGGUGUCUAUCUGGCAGAAGGGGUGUCUAUCCGGCAGGGAGGUGUGGGGGGUGUGUAUUUACGAGGGAGGCAGGUGGGAGGUGGAGAGGAUGAUAUUCCGCCAGGCCGACGUGCACUGUGUGGCGCCCAAGCGCUACGAGUCGAGAAACCUGUGCCUGGGCUUCGAUGGGCAUCGGAAAUACAUUGUGGAUUUAAGAAGGGUCAAGCUGUUUGGGGUGAGUCAACAGGGGUUGCUUUGGGGCUCUCUGGAAGGGAGGCGGCUAAGGACAGGUGAUUAUUUCGCCAGGCCGACGUGCACUGUGUGGCGCUCAAACGCUACGAACCCGAGACCUGUGCCUGGAUUUCGAUGGGCAUCGCAAGUACGUGGGGCUGACCCGAGAAAGGUCAAGCUGUUUGGGAUGAGUGGGUCGACUGGGGUGGUGUUUGGGGUGCUAUAUGCGCUUGUUCUUGGGGCUUGA